UUAUUUAUCUUGGCGGUAUAGACAAUUCCUCGCCCUCUACGUACUCCGUACCUACUAUAUCUAACCAGAAGCUGCUCCACUUCUUUUUUCAAACCCUUGUUCUCCGCCACCCGAAAAUUCCCCAGAGAGAGACCAAUUGAGUGAACUUUCGUGAGAUUACUUACUAUAUAACGUCAUAACCCACCAUGACUGUUCUAAGCACCUUAGCCCCGGUGCCGGCGGACGAGAUCUUUGCCUUAAACCGCGCCUACGCCAACGAUAACUACCCCAAGAAGGUCAGUCUGGGCGUGGGUGUCUACCGUACAGAUGAUGGCAAGCCAUGGCCGUUGCCUGUCGUGCGCGAGGCCGAACAGCGCCUGCUUGCCGACGACAACCUCUUCAGACAUGAAUACACCGCUAUCGAAGGCGACAUUCCCUUCCUCGAGCUGGCUCGAGACCUGAUGUUCGGAUUUGAUGCGAAGGACACCUCGGAGAAGACCAAGUCGACCAAGGGCCGCAUCGGCUCUGUCCAGGCCGUCGCAGGAACCGGAGCCAACCACCUCGGCGCCGUCUUCCUCUCACAUCUCAUGAAGCCUAAGAACGUCUGGCUCUCCAACCCGUCUUGGGCCAACCACUUGACCAUCUGGGAGCUCGCGGGCGUCCCACGGAAGACAUACCCGUACUACAAGGCCGCCACCCGCUCCUUCGACUAUGAAGGCAUGAUGGCCACCCUCGAAGCCGAGGCCCAACAAGGAGACGUCAUCCUUCUUCACGCCUGCGCCCAUAACCCCACCGGUCUCGACCCAAACAAGGAGCAAUGGAAGGCCAUCGCCGACCUGUGCGAGCGCAAGAAGCUCUUCCCCUUCUUCGACUCCGCCUACCAGGGCUUCGCGUCUGGGUCUGCAGACGAGGACGCCUGGGCCGUCCGGUACUUCCUCAACGAGAAGCCCUCAAUGGAAAUGUGCGUGGCUCAGAGCUUCUCCAAGAACUUCGGUCUCUACGGCCAGCGUGUCGGUGCCUUCCACUACGUCCUGAACGACGGCUCCCAGAACCUUCGCGACAUCGUCGUGAACAAUCUCUGCCACUUCAUCCGCGGAGAAUACUCCAUGGGCCCCACUGCUGGCUGCAGCAUCGUCAAGAAGGUCCUGACAGACGACGAGCUCACCACCCGGUGGCAUGAGGAUCUGAAGGUCAUGAGCUCCCGCAUCAGAACUAUGAGAAAGGCGCUGUACGAUGAGCUCGUCAGACUCGAAACUCCCGGAACAUGGAAGCACAUCAUUGAACAGAACGGCAUGUUCUCCUACACCGGUCUCACCCCCUCCCAAGUCUACGCUCUCAAGGACAAGUAUCACAUCUACCUCCUCAAAUCCGGUAGAGCCUCCAUCAGCGGCCUAAGCGAGAAGAACGUUGCCUACGUAGCUCAAGCUAUUGACAACGUCGUCCGCAACGUCAACUAAACAAAUCACAUU